AUGGCUGAAUGUCUAGGAGCAGCAAACAAACCUACCUGCGUGAUAGUUUUAGGCAUGGCCGGUUCAGGCAAGACUACGUUUAUAUCGAAAUUGGUUCAACAUAUGAGAGCCUCAAAUAUUCCGCCAUAUGCAAUAAAUUUGGAUCCAGCUGUUUAUGAGAUCCCCUACUCAGCAAACAUCGACAUUAGAGAUACAGUUAAUUACAAAGAAGUCAUGAAGCAAUAUACACUGGGUCCUAAUGGUGGAAUAAUUACUUCACUCAAUCUCUUUACCACAAGAUUCGAUCAAGUUGUAAAGAUAUUAAAAAACAGAUCAAGCCAAUGCAAAUAUUUCCUCAUAGACACGCCAGGCCAAAUAGAAGUUUUCACGUGGUCUGCCAGUGGAUCCAUCAUCACUGAAGCACUUGCAUCUGAAUUUUCAACGGUGGUUGCCUACGUCUUAGAUACACCCAGAAACUCCAGUCCAAUCACAUUCAUGUCGAAUAUGUUGUAUGCCUGCAGUGUCCUUUACAAAACAAAGCUACCAUUCAUUGUGGUAUUCAACAAGACAGACAUAAUGGAUCAUUCGUUUGCGGUUGAAUGGAUGGAAUCUUUUGAAUCAUUCGAUGAAGCCAUCAACAGCGAAACAUCUUACAUAUCAAACCUCAGUCGAUCAAUGAGUCUCGUGCUAGACGAAUUCUAUAAUGGAAUCAAGUCUGUAGGGGUUUCAUCGUUAUCUGGAGCUGGUAUCAACGAAUUCUUCACAAAAAUUGAUGAGUGUUCAGCUGAAUACGAAAAAGAUUACAAACCAAUGUAUGAGGAACUAAGAAAGAAAGUUACAGGUGAAACUCUGAGGCAAGGAGAGAAGCAGCUUCAGCAAUUAAAAUUAGAUACCUCCUCAAGCAGUUAG